CUGCAAGAUCCGUACGUUAGCCAAGUCGCAUGCAUAAUUUAGAUUCAUGACCCAACAUGUCUUCAGACCAAUAGGUCACGUCCCACAUGGACAAUUCGCAAUUCAUCACGAGUCUCCAAUUCCCAACAUUCUGUCUCCAACAAACUCAUCAUCAUGAUUAGGACUGACCGAAUAAUAGUACGCUAGAGUCCGCAGAACAAACGGCCUUGAGACAGUCGCUGAAUCAUUGUCAAAUACUCAGUAGUUAUUGAUGUCUGAGCUCUAAUCAAGGCAUGCCAAAUCAGAUUCACACACCCAUGAGUUCCUUGUGGUGUUAUCUGUCACAGCUUAUGUUGUACGCCAAGUUUGAGAUUACGGCGAAAGAUCGAUGACCUUCUCACGCUAAGUCACUCGACAGGAAACCAGCGGAUGGCUUCAACGUUAGUAGGCAACUCGGUCUUGUCACUGACAGGCGCUGGGGUAGCCUUGGCCUGCUGGCAAACAGUCGAGAUGCGCGCCGCAGCAUACAUACCGGCCACACUCGGCUUCAUCGCCAGCCUUUCUCUGGUACAUGAGCAUGGAAGUGAUGAGGAAAAAUCAUCAGUUUCUAUCAAUGCCCUUCAUUCCCAUCACUCUUCGAUCGUGGCGGAGGUCGCUUCGACGGUUGCGAUUGCGAAUAUGCCUGCAACGACGGCAGUUGAGGUAGCGGCUCCAGCAAGUGGACAUGCGCAUACAGACAUGAACAUAAAAUCUCGAUCGAUUCCAAAGAACGCUGAGCAGUCUGGGGGAAGAAGUACACGACGAAUGUCCACGCAAAGUUCAAAGCACCAAAGACGUAGAAUGCCUUGCUAUUACUACACCAACCGGACUGAGAACAGUAAUAUCCAGCCCCACAGAUGUACCGCUGCGUUCCUCCACAAGUCAUGUCAGGAGAGGGAGAGCCGCAAGCAAUAGGAGCGAAACAAGUCGUGCCAGACCCGCCAUAGGGAAAAUUAGUCUAGUCUUGUUUUGUCUCUGGCAUUUCAUACACUCAGGUUUCUCAUCGGCAACCUUGCUUCUUUUAUCCCUCUUCGUCUUGGGGUAAAUAUAGGGUCCUGAUCGUGCCACACCCCCGUUUCUUCGUGCCACACCCCCGCGCCCGGAUACCGCGCCCG